AUGUUCACUAUUCGCAUGGACUUAUCACGAGCAUCGGAAUCUACAAUGGAACUGGUCACAACAUCAUUAUCUCCAUUGAGUCCUGGAGCAGUAAUUUGUAAUGCUCUUUUAUCUAUGUGUCCACCUGUCGUUGAACAGCCGCCAACCAAGAAGGUGGUUCUUAAUCGUCAAGCAGGACAACUUUUAACAUGUGAAGAAGCAUUAGAUCAGAUGAGGGAGAAAGAAGAACGAGCACCCAAGAAGGUGAAGCCAGUUCAGAAAAGGACAUUAGUGAAACAAAAAAAGAAUUCCAAAGCAAAGAAAUUGUCCAUAAUUGAAGAUGGUAUGUUAUGCUAG